CUUAGUCAAGAGAUAUUUCAAUAGUCAAAGAAUAUUUUAAUAUAUUACUAUAUAAAAUAAUAUUUCUUUUUAUAUUAGCACUCGGAAUGGGACUUUUUGAUUUUGGUAGAUUAGAGGGUUUUCCAUCGCGAUAUUCGCCUCAACAAACACCAGUGUUAUUCGAUGUAGUAGAAGUCCUUUUCAUUACAAUUUUUCUUCUUAUAUUAAUAGCAUUUAUUUGUAUUUUCCCAGGCUAUAGCAAAAAGCGUAGCAUUUACGUUACUAUAAAAACUUGCAUUAGUUUAACAAUUGGAUGUUUCUUGAUCGUGGAAAAUUUUGGUCAAGAAUGGGAAAUUGGUACUGUAGAAACUAUCGUACCUUAUAAAGCUGGAAAUAAUGCAGAGAUAAAUUCAGUAAUUGGUAUAAAAAUAGGUUUGAGGUCAGUUAAUAUUACCUUGAAAGGUGAAGGAAGAAAUGGAGCAUUACCAAAUGAAAUUAUUAAUUACAAUGAAAGAUUUCCAUGGACAUGGGAUCAGGGAAGAUUUGGAUAUGGACCUUCUAGUGGCCUUCUACAAAGAAGUUUGCGAAGUGCUCAAAGAAGAGGUUUACCUAUUCCAAUUUUAUGGGUUGCAGAAUAUUUUGCUAUUGAUGGGGAAGGUAUACGAUUUGGUAGAUUUUAUCGAACUGCUGGGUGGUACUGUCAUAUCUUAUUAUGGACUGCAUUUAGUUGCUGGAUAGUGUCAAAUAUAAUGUUACAAUUUGUAAGCCGAUACACAGCUUAUUCAAUUGGAAUAGUUGGUGGAUUACAAAUAUUAACUUGUAUCUUAUGGGUUAUUAUACGUAAUGAAACUCCACUUAUUAUACCUUUCGAAAAUGGAACUUUAACAUUGCAUUUUGGUUUACAUUUUUGGAUGUCUCUUACAUGUGGUAUUUUUUGUAUUAUCUUGGCCUUAAUAAUUAUAUACAUGGAUCUGCGAUACCCAGACAAUUUAUCCGAAUUUCUUGGAAUCGAUCCACUUGAUCAAUACGAUGAAUGUGUACUAAGCCCUGAUGAAAUAAGAACUAUAGCACAAAAUAAAAAAAUCGCAGAUGAUACGUUGGAAAUGGUUUCUAUAUCAGAUACUAAUUCAUCAAUAAGAAAUAGUGGCAUGCUGUUAAUGAAAAGACGAUCAAGUAUAAAGCAAGUUCAAAAAUAUCAUUUUCGUAAACCAGUUCCAGUAAAACUUGAAGAAUAUGAAGAUGUAGCAGUUUAUGAAAAUCAAUCUAUAGCAACAUAAAUAUUUAAAUAUAUAAGUCUAUCGACACAAUAGCAUUUAUUGCUGUAACGGAAACGUAAUUUUGAAGUAUAUGAAAAUUAAAAAAAUACAUAUAAAACAAGAAAUGAUUUAUAUGUGGCAAGGAAUGAAUUACAUAAGCUAUAAUUAGUAGUAAGCAAGAAUUAACAUUGAAAUAACUAAUAUUUUUUUCAAAUAAACGUGUAAUAACAUA